CUAGAAUUUUGUUGGGAAGUUUUAAAACACAUUUUGUGAACCCUUUUUUUUAAAACCAUAGGAUUUCACGAGAGGGUGUGGCGUUUAACAUCCAUCUCUGACCCACCCCCCUGGCUCCGCCCCUGUGUACAUACUGUCGAGCACAACGAAUGCACAACGGGAGUAGCCAAACGAUAUGUAUGUUCUAGUUUAUUUGGUGAUCGCGACCUUGUCCCUGGUAGCCUACUUGUACCACCGCAAUUUCAACUACUGGAAGCGCCGGGGCGUGGCCCACGAUGCCCCGCAUCCUUUGUACGGCAACAUGGUGGGCUUCCAGAAGGACCGAGUGAUGCAGGACUUCUUCCGCGACUACUACAACAAGUACCGGAAGAGCGGCAACCCCUUUGUGGGCUUCUACUUCCUGCACAGGCCGGCAGCCUUUAUUCUGGACACCAAGCUGGCCAAGAACAUACUGAUCAGGGACUUCUCAAAUUUUACCGAUCGCGGCCAGUUCCACAACGAGCGUGACGAUCCUCUGACCCAGCAUCUGUUUAACCUGGACGGUAAGAAGUGGAAGGAUAUGCGUCAAAGGCUGUCGCCCACAUUUACCUCGGGCAAGAUGAAGUUCAUGUGCCCAACGGUGAUCAAGGUGUCCGAAGAGCUCGUGAAGGUGAUGACGGACCAGGUGCCAGACACCCAAAACGGGGCUGUACUCGAGAUCAAGGAACUGAUGGCCAGGUAUACUAUCGAUGUAAUUGGGAGCUGCGCUUUCGGCUUAGAGUGUAAUACACUCCGCAACCCCGUCAACGAUUUCCGCACCAUGGGUCAAAAGGUUUUCUCAGAAAGACGUCACGGAAAGCUGCUAAAUAUGUUCAUGGCCAGUUUUCCGGAGCUGGCCAAAAAGCUGAGGAUGCGCACGUUACCCGAGGAAGUCCACCAGUUCUUCACGCGACUGGUGAAUGACACCAUUGCCGUCAGGGAGCGGGAGAACUUUAAGAGGAACGACUUCCUGAACCUCCUGAUCGAGCUGAAGCAGAAGGGCAGUGUGACUUUGGAUAACGGUGAGGUGAUCAAGGGACUGAGCAUCGAGGAGCUGGCCGCCCAAGCGUUUGUCUUCUAUGUAGCCGGCUUCGAGACCUCCUCCUCGACCAUGAGCUACUGCCUGUACGAGUUGGCCCAGAACCAGGACAUUCAGGACAGGCUGAGGAACGAGAUUAAAACGGUGCUUGAAGAGCACGAGGGGCAGUUGACCUAUGAGUCUAUCAACGCCAUGCGCUACUUGAAUCAGGUCAUCUCAGAAACUCUAAGGCUGUACACUUUAGUGCCCUUCCUCGAACGGAGGGCCCUCAACGACUACGUUGUGCCGGGUAAUCCCAGGUUCGUGAUCGAGAAAGGCACACAGGUCCUGAUACCGUCUUGUGCCUACCACCGCGACGAGGACAUGUAUCCGGAUCCCGAGACUUUCGAUCCGGACCGCUUUUCGCCGGAGAAAGUAGCCGCCCGCGAUUCCGUUGAGUGGCUGGCCUUUGGCGACGGACCGCGCAACUGCAUCGGAAUGCGAUUUGGCCAGAUGCAAGUCCGGAUCGGUCUGGCCCAAAUCAUUAGCCGGUUUAAGGUGUCCUUUAGCGACAAGACAAAGUCCCCACUGAAGUACAGCACUUUGACCAUACUCUUGGGCACAGUGGGGGGCAUCGACUUGCGUUUGGAUCGCAUCUAAAUUGAAUUUAUUGUGUGCCAUUUUAUAUAUCACCUGUUCAU